AAUCAGUCAUGUUUGCACUUUCACUACUGGAGCACGUGCAAAGAAUUUGCGGUUUUGAAUGAUAAGAUGUUACGGAUAUGGAAAUGAGUUUUGUUGAAUGAAAAAGAAGUUUGAUUGAGAGUGUGUUUUGUGCAUUUGUUGCGUGAUGUUUACUAAGGUUUACCACCAAGUACUCUUGGUGGUGCUAGUCAUUUUGAGUAUAGUCAAAGCCCUUGGACCACCCUCACCUUUACUACGUCUGGAUCCAUCAAGAUUCCUCGAAGAUUUUCGAAGAAAUCUUCCUCCUCUACCCAGCAGAUACAGGACCGCACCAGUGCCAGUGUUGGAACAUUUCGGAGCAGACGUGAGAUACACAGAUACUCCAGUGGAGAUACAAGCCGGGUUUUAUAUAAGACCAAGAUUAAAUGCAAGACCAUUGUUGGCACCUCUUCCAAACGCCUUUCCUGACUAUUUCAAUAAUCUGCGUCAACUGGAGAAGAGAAUCUUCACUCCAAGUAAGGGUGGAGAGACACCAGAAACCCCAGGACAAGUUAAAAACUAUGAAGAUGACUUGAAAGAGUUGGAGAAAGAACAAGCAGAAGAACUUACCACCAGAGUAUUAUUGGAAGAUGUUCCAGCCACUUCUAUACCUCCAGCGUCUUCAUUUGUAAACGUUGGUGUAACAAGAGGAAAUAACCAAGAAUACAAAUACAAUUAUGCUGUGUGAUUUUCACUCCUUAGAGUGGAUAAUCUACCAUAAGAAAUCAGGGCUCUAUUACAAUUAGGAAAUUAGACAGAAUUUGUUAUGAAUUUAUUUUUUACAAAUAGAAUCAAGUUUGGAUUAGAUGCUGUUACAAUUCAAUAUGUGUUGCCUUCGUCAAGAUACUAGAGUAUUCAAAAAAUAACAAUAAAUACCAAAUUUUUA